AUGACAGACACAGGAAAGCAGCAGAACAAGGAAUGUGAGGAAACCUACAGUGUAGGCUCUACUGUCCCCUCCUAUAACACUUCUAACACAGAAGGUCAGCCAACAGACACAGGAAGGCAACAGCAAAAGAAAAGUGAGAGUCCAUGUGAAUUCAAAGCAACCUGUAGCAAUGUCUGCUCUACGCUGCCCACCUACAAAACAAAUUAUGGAGAACUCCAGACAACAGACACAGGAGGGCAGCAGGACAAGGAAAUGGGCAAUCUAUCUGAAGGAGCGUACAAUUCGAAUUCCACCCAGGCUGGAAUGGAAGCGUCUUCACAUUUAUCUGAAAAAGCUCCUCCAGGGUACAGGGAUGAACGUGUGACAAAACCACUGAAAGGUCCGCCAUACAUAUGUGUGGAAUGCGAUUACAGGGCGCCAAAUGGUUUCAGCCUGACAGAGCAUGUCCGAAUACACACGGGCGAAAAACCGUACAAGUGUGAUCAGUGUGACUUCUCCACUGCAUGGAAAACUAGCAUCGACAUGCACAUGCGUAAGCACUCGGGUAAGAAACCCUACGUUUGUUCGGAGUGUGGGUAUAGCACAAGCUAUAGGGUCCACCUAACGCGGCAUAUGAUAACCCAUACCGGUCAGUAUCCCUACAAGUGUCAACUGUGCGGAUUUUCGACAGCCAGGAAAAGCAACCUUAGUGAGCAUGUGGCCACACACACCGGUGAGAAGAAGCAUAAGUGUAACGUAUGUGGUUAUAGAACAGCUCACAAGCAUGGCCUGAACAGACACAUGAAAACACAUACUGGAGAUAAUCCUUACAAGUGUUCCCAGUGUGACUAUUCGGCAGUGCAGAAGCGAGAUUUAGACGUACACAUGUCGAAACACACCGAUGGGAAGACAUACCAGUGCGAGGAAUGCGGGCACAGGGCAGCUGAUACUAGUGACCUCAAUAAACAUAAGAGAAAGCAUAAGAUGAUCAACUUGCUGUAG